AUGGCUUCAUCAGCUUCCGAAGGAAAACAUGAUGAUCUCUGUCUAGCAUGUGGAAAGGUGGAAUCCGACGACGUCGAUUGGGUCCAAUGCAAGAAUUGUGAGCGGUGGGCACACUUUUCAUGCGUUAACGUAGACGAGAAGAUAGUCGAAGUGGAUUGGCUUUGCCCACAAUGCGUCCCUAAUGUCCAGUCGUUAUCCGUUCCGAAGCAGUCGAAGAAGAGUUCGAAAAAGAUCUCGAAAAGUGACGUUGGUUCUCAUCGUGGAACUGGUUCUGUCCUAAAUCUUACUGAGCAGCAGUUAGAGGAAGAACAGCUCGCACGUGAAACGGAAUUCGCGAAGCAGAUGGAGAUUCGAAGGAAGCGAAUUGCGCUUGAAAUGGCUUGGAACGAGAAACAGAUGGAACAAGAACGAGAGAUUCGAAAAAUGGAAUUGCAGGCUCGGCGCGAAAUGCAAAAUCGGCAGCUAAUGGAAGAAAACCAAAUGUUGGAAGCUCAGUUGGCGGAUGAGCAGAAUUUUAUAAAACAACGUGAUGAAAUUCGGGCUAAAAUGAACAGAAGUAUCCAAAACGUCAGAACGGAAUUAAAAAACGCAAACGGUGUUGGAAGAACGUUAGAGCCGGAGAAAACAAAAACGGUAAAUGACUGGUUGAAAAGACAAGAUAGCUGCGAUAAUCAAGAGCAUGGAAGAAGCGAAAAUGUAGUGGGAAUGGGAACUUCGAAUAGAAUAAAUGAAAUCGUUGAAGGUCCCGCCUCACUUGCUAGUGGAGAAGCUGAACGCGAAUCUGACUUUGGUGAUGCAAACUCGAAUGUUCGAAUAAAUACCCUUCCAGCUAACAGAUUCGGUGAAGGAACGGUGAACCAGGUUGCUAGGCUCACUCCGGAUCAAUUAGCGACUCGCAAGGCUAUUUGCAAUAGCUUACCCAAGUUUAAUGGAGAUGCUCAAAUCUGGCCACUUUUUAUCAGUAGCUAUGAUCAUUCGACUGCAGCUUGCGGGUACAACAAUUUAGAAAACCUUAAGCGCUUGCAAGAUAGCCUUGAAGGUGAUGCUUUGAACGCAGUUCGCAGUAUGUUAGUGCUUCCAGACUCAGUACCAGAAGUUAUUGAGGAUUUACGUAGGCUUUUCGGGCAACCGGAAAAGUUAAUGAGGACGUUGUUUGAAAAAGUAAAACACGCUCCAGCUCCAAAAGCCGAUAGAUUAGGCACGUUUAUUUCAUUCGGCAUCACAGUGAAACAGCUUUGCGACCAUCUAGAGGCUGCGCGAUUGAAUGACCAUUUAAAUAACCCUAUGAUGGUGCAAGAGCUAGUGGACAAGCUACCGCCAAGCUACAAGCUGGAAUGGGUCAGAUUUAAACGAGGAAGAGAAGGCACGCCUUUAAGAAAAUUCACUAAUUUCAUCACCGAGAUCGUUGCGGAUGUAUCCGAAGUGGCAGAUUUCUCCGUGGCCGAAAAGGACCAAAUGCGACCUGCCAGGACAAGGCCGAGUAAAAAGGAGUAUGUACAUUUACAUGAUUCAGGGCCAGAGCGAAGCGCCACUUCACAAGGCGGAACAUUCAACAAGGCGUGUUGGAUUUGCAAUAGAACGGAUCACAUGAUCAAAUUCUGUGACGACUUCAAGAAAAUGAACCUAGCGGAUCGCUUGAAAGCGGUCGAACGAGAAAAGUUGUGCGGUAUUUGUCUGAACAAACACGGUAGCCACCGGUGUAAUUCUAAGACUCGCUGUAAUAUCAAGAAUUGUAGAGGAAACCACCAUCCUCUUUUGCAUCGCGCAGAAGGGACGGUCCAGAUGCAGAAGGUCGUGUGCAACACGCACGAUGAAGGAAGAACAGUAAUUUUCCGCGUAGUACCAGUAACGCUGCACGCUGGAAAUAACAGAUUUGAUACACUAGCUUUUCUUGACGAGGGAUCGUCCACGACUCUUGUGGAUGAAAUAGUAGCGAAUCACCUACAAGUGACCGGCAAAUCUGAGCCGCUUAUUGUUACGUGGACUGGAAACGUUAACCGUUUUGAAAAUAGUUCACGAAAGAUAGAAAUUUCAUUAUCAGCGAGAGGUUCAAAGCGAAUGUUCCCAUUAGCAAAUGUACGAACGGUUGCGAAACUAGACUUGCCGAAACAGGAGCUGCGAUUUUCACAAAUAGCGGGCAAAUAUAAGCAUUUGGAAGGUGUACCCGUGCUAGAUUAUCCGUUGGAACAACCGACAAUUCUCAUUGGGUUAGACAAUGUACAUUUAUUUGCACCACUAGAAUCGCGGGUUGGUGCAAAGAAUGAACCGAUUGCUGUACGUACGAAAAUGGGUUGGACCAUCUAUGGGCCAGAGAAGAAUAAGGCGGGGCCGAAGGCCUAUUUGAAUCUACACUCGACUUUACCAGUCAGUAACCAACAAUUGCACGAUAUGCUGCAGACCCAGUACGUGCUGGAUGAAACCGGUGUGUCGUGUUUCGCUAUCCCUGAGCCGAAGGAAGAUAUGCGAGCGAAGGAUAUUCUUAAAACGACGACGAAGCGAGUGGGAAAGCAUUUCGAAACCGGGUUAUUAUGGCGCGAGGAUAAACGACGUUUUCCGGAUAAUUAUUCAAUGGCUGUGCGCAGAAUGCAAGCCCUGGAACGUAAGCUAAGCAAAACCCCAGCGUUGAAACAGAACGUGUGUCAGCAAAUUGUGGAUUACCAAGUCAAGGGAUAUGCGCAUAAAGCGACGGAAUCAGAGCUCACUGAAACGCCGCCUGAGGCUGUAUGGUAUUUACCGCUAAAUGUUGUUGUGAACCCACGGAAGCCUGAAAAGGUGCGCCUAGUAUGGGACGCGGCUGCAUCGAUUGGUGGUAUUUCCCUUAACUCGGAGCUUAUAAAAGGGCCGGAUAUGCUUGUGCCACUCCCCAGGGUGAUAUGUCACUUCCGAGAACGUCCUGUCGCAUUCGGAGGUGACAUUAAAGAAAUGUAUCACCAGAUACUAAUUCGACAGGAGGAUAAGCAAGCGCAGCGUUUUCUAUUCAGAGCGAGCUCGGCAGAGGCCCCGCAGGUAUAUAUUAUGGAUGUGGCCACCUUCGGGUCCACCUGUUCGCCUUGCCAGGCACAAUAUGUAAAAAAUCGGAACGCGGAAUCAUUCGCGGAAAAUUACCCAGAAGCAGUGGAAGCGAUUAUCAGUCGGCACUAUGUUGACGACUAUUAUGACAGCGUUAACACCACGGAAGAGGCAAUCAAAAGGGCCGAAGAAGUUAAAUAUAUUCAUUCGCAGGCUGGGUUUCAUAUUAGAAACUGGGUUUCAAACUCAGCUGCGUUUCUAGAGCAUUUUGGCGAGGGGAUUGCGGAUUCGACUGUGCAUUUCAACCGGGACAAAGGUACUGAAUAUGAACGCGUGCUUGGCGUCGUUUGGGAGUCGACUGAGGAUGUUUUCUGUUUCGCAUCAGCCUCGAAGACAGAGUUUUCCGAGAUUCUACAGGGAAAUGAAUGUCCUACAAAAAGAAUGGUUCUUAGCUUCGUGAUGGCGCAAUUCGACCCGGCGGGUUUCCUGGCGCCGCUCGUUGUUCGGGGGAAGAUGCUAGUACAGGAUUUAUGGAGAUCUGGCUGCGAAUGGGACGACCGCAUUGAUGAUGUUUCAUUCAAAAAAUGGAUGCGGUGGACGCAACUUAUGCGUCAGGUUGAAUUAAUCAAAAUUCCACGAAGCUAUUUUGGCAACGCAAUGUCGCACGAGAUACAGGAUCUACAGCUGCAUAUUUUUGCAGACGCCAGUGAGACCGCAUACGGUUGUGUGGCCUACUUUCGGGCGAUUAUACGAGAGCGGCAAAUAUCAAUUCCUCGCCUCGAACUUUUGGCUGCGGUUCUAGCCGCACGGCUUCAGCGAACGGUGGUUGAGAACCAUACGUUCACUAUAAACAAAGUGGUCUACUGGAUCGAUGCAAAUGUAGUUCUAUCGUGGAUUAGAUCCGACCAGCGCAGAUACAAGCCAUUUGUAGGAUUUCGGAUUGGCGAGAUUCUUAGCUUAACGAAACUGGACGGGUGGCGGUGGGUGCCCACCAGGCUUAAUGUUGCCGACACACUGACGAAGUGGGACUGUGAUUUGGAGUUUCAUUCUGAUAGUUCAUGGGUGCACGGUCCAGCCUUUCUGUAUAAGAAAGAAAGCGAGUGGCCACAACGACAAUUACCGCCAGCAAACACGACAGAAGAGCUGCGUGUACAUUUAUUGUUGCACAACGUGGUUGUGCCCGAAGAUAUCAUUAAUGCAAAUAACAUAUCCAAAUGGCCGGUUUUAGUACGCGCUGUAGCUUCCGCUUUACGAUUCAUAUCGAAUUGCAAACGAAAGAGCAAAGGCCUUCCAAUCGAAGUAUUAAAGGCGACUAACAAUCAAGCGAAAUUGUUGCAAUUUGCGGUUGCGGGCAGAGUACAUGUCCCGUUACAGCAAAGUGAGUACCAGAAGGCAGAAGAGGUUCUACUAAAAAUGGCUCAGACACAAUGUUUUAUCGACGAGCUGAAAGUGCUGAAAAGAAAUAAAGAGUUUCCCGUCGAUCAGUGGCUUGCAUUCGAGAGGAGUAGUCCAUUACAUAAGUUAACUCCAAUGUUAGACGAAAUCGGUUUGAUACGAAUGGAAGGCCGAUGUGAGAGAGCCGAUUGUCUUCCCUUCGAUUUACGGUUUCCAGUAAUCUUACCGGCUAACAACAGAGUGACAUAUUUGAUAAUUCAACAUUACCACGAGAAGAGCGGUCACGCGUAUCGUCAGACGGUGAAGAAUAACCUGAGGCAAUCAUACUACGUUAUACAUGUCGACGCAAUGAUAAAAAAGGUGUCAAAAUUGUGCAUGUGGUGUAAGAUAAACCGCAAUCGACCUUCGGUUCCACGGAUGGCCCCCUUACCAGAACAGCGAAUUACACCGUAUUUGCGACCAUUUAGUUAUGUAGGGAUUGAUUACCUGGGACCAUUCGAGGUGGCAGUUGGACGUAAGAGAGAAAAACGGUGGAUUGUGCUUUUCACAUGCCUGGUUGCUCGGGCGGUUCAUUUAGAGGUAGCGCAUCGAUUGACGACACAAUCGUGUUUAAUGGCGAUACACAGAUUUGCGAGCCGCAGAGGUUGGCCACUUGAAUUCUUUUCAGACAACGGCACGAACUUUUUGGGAGCGAGUAAGGAAUUGGCAAAAACAUUGCGCGAGAUUGCUGACGAUUGUGCGGAUCAGCUGACUAGUGCAAGAAUGAAAUGGUCAUUUAAUCCCCCAGCUGCGCCUCACAUGGGAGGCGUCUGGGAGCGUCUUGUUCGCUCGGUAAAGGAAAUUUUAAAGACUCUCGACGACGGAAAACAGUUAACCGAUGAAAUAUUAUGGACUGCUUUAGCGGAAGCAGAGGAUAUAAUAAAUUCACGCCCGCUUACGUAUGUGACACACGAGUCAGAUGAACCUGAAGCUAUCACCCCCAAUCACUUUUUGCGUGUAGCUUCAUUCGAUCGACCGGUAAGUCAACCAAUAUCUUCAUCACCACAUCCAGCAAGCACGUUGCGGGAUGCUUUCCAACGGUCUCAGGAGUUAGUAUGUAUGAUAUGGAAACGUUGGAUCAGCGAGUACGUUCCGUCCUUGAACCAAAGGUCGAAAUGGUUUAAUGAAACUAGGCCCUUGAAAACUGGAGAUUUAGUGUAUGUCGUUGAAGGCAGUAACCGGAAAUGCUGGAUCAGAGGAGUCAUCGAGGAGCCUAUCGUGUCCGGCGAUGGACGGAUUAGACAGGCAUGGGUGCGGACCAACAACGGGCGCAAAAAGCGAGCUGCUGCACAGUUGGCCGUCAUGGAGAUUGAGGAUAGUAACUCUAAACCGGAAGUGGUUCCCGGAGCGAGGUUACGGGCGGGAGAAAAUGUUGCGGACAACUGUGGCCGCUAA